GCCAACGGGGGAGCGUGUCUUCACUCGUUUGCAGCUCAGACGAGGAGCUGUGCCCCCUCCUCCUCCGUCCCUCUGCGUUCUCCUGCUGAGUGGCUGUCUGGGAUCUGUCCUCGCUGAAGGACGCGCUCAUUGACUCGCUUUAUAAGGACACGUUAAUGAUGCGAGACUGCCGCCUGCCGUAGUUCGAUCAGCAGGCAGAGACAGAUCAGACGGAGCGAUGCCAGCGAGGGACGACUGACUGAGACCGGUUUGCUCGCCGGAGAGCUCUUGGUUAUUUGUCAGCCGCUGUUUUCUGUCUGGUGAUUAUUGCGCUCGCCUGAGACUCGUGCACCUCUCGGAUGGUGGACUGAACAGCUGAAUGUCAGCAGCUUGUGGAGCAUGGGUACAACUGCCAGCGCCGCACCACAGCCUGUUUCUGUAGCGUCACCGCUUGAGAGUGUCCAUGGCAACGGGAUGGCCGACAGCAGGCAGUCUCUCAGCAUGAGCCCCUUCCAGACGGUCAACAUCCACAACAACAAGGCCAAGUCCAUUAUCACCAACAAGGUCGCACCUGUCGUCAUCACGUAUAAUUGCAGGCAGGAAUUCCAGAUUCACGAUGACAUCCUCAAGACCAACUACAAAGUGGGCCGGAUAUCAGACGCGAUGCCCGAGCACUACCUGGUGCAGGGGGAGUACUUCAUGGUCCAGGACGUGUACAGCAAGGCGGACGUCCUGAACACCACAGGCAGCUACGGGGCGCCCAACUUCCGCCAAGUGAAGGGAUCCUACCCGCUGUAUGGGAUGGGUCAGCCCAGCCUCAACGGCUUCAAGCAGGUUCUCCAGAGGCUCCAGGCACAAGGACAAGAGGAGAUCAUAUUCUUCUGCGUGAGAGAGGAGCCGGUGGUUUUUCUGCACAAGGACGACGACUUUGUGCCGUACACUCCCAGGAAGAAGGAGAACCUGCACGAGAACCUUCACGGCCUGGAGAAGGAGGAGAUGGUUGAAUACCUGGAGCUCACCAUCAGGAAGGAGCUCCACGACUUCGCCAAGCUCAACGAGAACGUCUUCUACGUCUACAACGACAUCGAGUACUUCAAAGACGAGCCACAGAAGAUAUCCAUCACGUGCGAGGAGGACAUCCACGUGACUGAAGAGGUCUACAAGAGGCCGAUGUUCACCAUGCCGGCCUACAGGUACUACAGACUACCGCUGCCGAUGGAGGGAGCGCCGCUGGAGGAGGACUUUGACGCAUUCGUUAACAUACUCAGGGAGAGCCCCAGCUUGUCUCUGGGUCACGGUCCGUCCCAGCAGCUGCCCGCUCUGCUCUUCAGCUGCCAGGUGGGCGUCGGCCGCACCAACCUCGCCAUGAUCCUGGGCACGCUGGUGAUGAACCGCCUCAGGGGCGACACGCAGCCGCCGCCUCUAGUUGAGGCGGCAGCAGCUUCAGAACCCAAACCACUGUUCAAGGUCAUCCAGUCUCUGAUCAGCAAGCUGCCCAACGGACAGCAGGUCAUGGAAGAGGUUGACCAGGCAAUAACCCUGUGCUCAGAAAUGCACAACAUAAAAGAAGCAAUAUACGAGAACAAGAGCAAGCUGGAAGGGAUCGGAGAAGAUUAUCAAAUUCAGGGAAGCAGUACCAAAGACUACUUUCUCAACAGAACCAUGCAGAGUUUGGAGCGCUACUUCUUCUUGAUCGUGUUUAACGCGUACCUUCACGAGCAGUACCCCCUUGCCUUUGUGUCCAACUUCAGCCAGUGGAUGUGCUGCCACGCUUGGCUGUACCGGCUACUGGCCCGCAUGGAUCUGUCGGAGCUGUCCGCUCCGGCCGAGCUGGUCACCAGAGGAGCACGGGUCCUGGUUGCUGAUGAGUACUUGGCUCCUGACGUGCUCAGCACAGUGAAGGAGAUGAAGGCGGUCAACUUCAGACGAGUGCCCAAGAUGCCUGUUUAUGGAGUGGCUCAGCCGACGUUAGAGGCCACCGGGGCGGUUUUGGCCCAUCUGACGGACGAGAAGAGGAAGCACAGCCACGUGUUGUGGGUCAACCUGCAGGAGGAGCUGGUGCUGGAGGGCAACGGGCAGAUUUUCAACCCGAGGGAGCCGUCGUGUCUCGACCAGCACAUCUCGAUCCCGUCGUCUGACCCGCUGCUGCUAGAGAAACUGGAGACAUCCCUGAAGGAGGAGAUUCUGCAAGCUCAGAAGUGGCUGGAGGUGAUCCUGGAGCAGGAGAAACAGAUGAAGAUGUUCAAAAGCUGCAUGACAGUCCAAGAAAUCUUCAACCAGCACAAGAGCUCCUACCAGGGCCUGGUCUUCAAACGCAUCCCGCUGCCGGACUGCAGCGCGCCCCGGGAGGAGGAUUUUGAUAAGCUGUUGGAGGCCAUGAAGAGCGCCUUGGCGGAGGAUUCUCACUCAGCCUUUGUUUUCAACUGCUCCAACGGCAAAGGCAGGACCACGACCGCCAUGGUCGUCUCUGUUCUGACGCUCUGGCACUUCAACGGUUUCCCAGAGUUUGCUGACGAUGAGAUUGUGAGCGUCCCUGAUGCCAAGUAUACGAAAGGAGAAUUUGAGGUCGUCAUGCAGCUGGUGCGUCUGCUCCCCGACGGCCACAGGAUGAAGAGGGAGGUGGACAUGGCCCUGGACUCGGUCAGCGAGACCAUGACCCCCAUGCACUACCACCUGAGAGAGAUCAUCAUCUCCACGUACAGACAGAUCAAAAGCGGUAAGACGGAGAAGGACUGUCAGCAGCUGCUGCUGAGGAGCCUGCAGUAUCUGGAGCGCUACGUUUACCUCAUCCUCUUCAACACGUACCUGCAUCUAGAGAAGAAGGACUCGUGGCAGCGCUCCUUCACCCUCUGGAUGGAGCAGGUGGCUGCCAGAGCCGGAGUUUAUGACAUCCUCAACCAGCUGGGCUUCUCCGAGUUUGAAAACCCGAGGGACACGCCACUGGCCAGACUGCGCUGCCGCUGGCAACAGCACAACAUUCAGUCACUUCCUUUCCGAGGGGAGUUCAUCUGAGAGAGGAUCACUGUGAACGCACCAAAACAGAACGACAGACAUUUACAGUCACAUCGUUACGCCUUCGACAUAUUUACCCUGUAUCAUGUAUUAUCUUCACAUCAUCUGCUGUUUGUGCUGCAGCUGUUUGUUGUUUUCUUUAAGUCUCACUGGCAAGGUUCAUACUUCCUCGCUGUUUAGUUCUUAGCAAAAUGUUGCUCCUGUAUUAGAUAUUUGUGCCUUUUUUUUUUUUUUUUCCAGUCAGUGGUAGAUGUAAGAACUGUCAGUGUACUAAUAUGCACACAUCUCGGUUAACAGAAAACAAAUGUCCUCACUUGUGACCGCCUUCUGAAGCUUCUGCUGGAACCAGACGGGAGCUAAACGUUGUUGUGGAGCAAAGAAGUCAAAUUCCACUGUGUUGUCAGCCACCAAUUUUGGUUGCAUGUCACAACUGUUAGCUGUUGUCUGCCCUGAUGUUUCUGUCCUGGUGCCCUGACCUUUUCUUCCAGGUGUUGAUCGGCGGCAUUGUCUCGAGAAGAGUCCCGGUGUACAUAAUGAAAGCUGUCGUUAUUUAAAUGUGGAUGACUUUGAGAGGAGGCUCGCACAAGAUGCUGUUGAGUUUGUUUUUUGCUGCAGCAGUUGCUUUUUACAUUUAAUUACACGUGUCAGGUACUAACAUGUAAGGAAUUUUUAUGUUAGGUUUACUUUGAAGCUGUUCAUGUGUCUUUUUUUUUUUGCUUAAAUUGCCCUGAAAUGCUAACACCACUUCACGUUGUGUGAUGUGGUGAAACGUCGUCCCGUCUUUCAUCCUACACAUCGUCAGAACCUGCAUUAGCACCAGUUCAGGUGGAGACUCGGUUGCGCGACGCGAGCGGCGGCCGAUCUAGCCUCGAGCUUUAAACGGAGAUGAGCCGCCGUCUCCAGAGGCAGCGGCUCUAUACGAGAACCGUAAACAGACUUUGAUGUAUAAAAUCUGUGGAGUUUCCCUUUUUUUUUUUUUAUCUCUCUCUCUCACACAGACCUUGCGACCCCCUGCCACUAAACGGUUGCAAUGUCUGUAACGUCACAAGGAAUUAUACGUCUGACUGUAAAAUUUAUGGAUGGAAACAGUCGGGAUUGCAAGAAGUCGGUUGGAUAAUUAAAAAAAGUCACUUGGUAUCAAUUGAGGAGGGUUAAAUCUGCCCUCCUACAUAACUGCAGCUCGUGUCGGUGGAACGAAACAAUGGCUGCCUUCAGAACAAUGAGUUAUAAUGGCCAUCCACACAGAGCAGCGAUUAGACCGGUGUCUUCGCUGAGCACAUGCCAAUUACCGUUAAGCGUUCCUGCAUUGGUCGUAUAACUUUAACUGUACAGUAUUUCUUUUGAGUCCUAACACUUUGAGUAUCGUUUGUUACUCUUUGAUUUGCUAAUACGCGUUUAGUUGCAAAGUAACUCGAAAUGUGCUUUAACUACGAAUCCUGCCUUAAAAACCAGAAAGAUAAGCCAGAAGAAAAUCCUCCAAACGCCUCUCGCUUCUCUUCGCUCCUUCCUGUCUGAAACGUUUGCAGACUGCAGAGCUGAUAGAGACCGAAUGAGCAGAAAGUGGUGAUGAGGAUGAUACUGAAGCAGACAUUUUGAUGCUAGAAUCAAUCUUAAUAGGAGCACAUACACGUGCCUGGUUGUAAUAACACCCUAAUGUCUUAGCUAUGCUCUUAAUUUAAUGUUUUGUUUUUUAUUUUAAAACCGGCUCUCUUCACGGAGGCAACGUUGUUAUCUGUUAUUCACUGUUAUUUUCAUUUUUUGGAGGCUAAAAUAAAUAAUUCAAAUAGAUUUAA